GCUUUUUAUCUGCUAGUAAAAUAGAGGAGUGAUAAAAUUAGUGAUUAGAAAAACAUAUGAUGAGCGGGUGUCAGCAUUUAGAAACCUUCAAAGCGGAAUAUGGCACUGAAACUUAUAGAAUAAUUUACAGACAUUUCAUUGCUUGCAGCCAUCCAAAUUCUAGAAAAAGAAAAGCCAGAUCAUUGUUCUGUUAUACUUGCCGACAGUACCAUCCAAGACUUCAUUCCUGUUUGUAUUGCGUAUUUUUUGGCUGCUAUGCCAACAAGCACAUCAACGAUCAUGCCAAAACUCAAAAACAUCACCUGGCCAUAGAUUUGACGUACGGUGUCAUAUUAUGCUUUCUUUGUGGAGACUAUGUCUACGACGAUGACAUGGAUGAAACUGCUAAAAAAGAACAAAAACUCGUCUGCAAGUCAUUAGAAAACACGCUAUUCAUGCCAUGGGAACCAACAAAGGAAGAAGUUCAGCUGUUGAAAGAAAACCCCAAAAGGAGAAAGUUGACAGGGGAUAGUACGAUUGGACUACGUGGCCUCAUAAACCUGGGCAACACAUGUUUCAUGAACUGCAUAGUACAGGCCCUCACUCACACUCCAUUACUGAGAGAUUACUUCCUGGCAGACAAACACAUGUGCCAGAUGGAGAAUGAACCGCAACAAUGUCUUGUCUGCGAGAUGGCUAGACUCUUUCAGGAGUUUUAUUCGGGCAUAAGCACCCCACAUACGCCAUACAAACUGCUGCACCUUGUGUGGACUCACGCUAGGCACCUGGCCGGCUACGAGCAGCAAGAUGCACACGAAUUCCUCAUCGCCACUCUCGACGUCUUGCAUCAGCACUGCAAAGGUAGUAGUGGUUUGUCAUCGAGCACAUCCCCGCAUUGCAACUGCAUCAUCGACCAGAUUUUCACUGGGGGGUUGCAGUCUGACGUCACCUGCCAGAAAUGCAACAACGUGUCGACGACAAUUGAUCCGUUCUGGGACAUCUCACUCGAUCUCGGACCACCCGAACAAUUUUCAGGUGGUUUUCAAAAUUUGAACUCUAAAUUAGAGGAGCCGACAUCACUAACGACGUGCUUAAAAAGAUUUACGAGACCGGAGCACUUGGGUAGUUCGGCCAAGAUAAAAUGCAGCAAGUGCAUAAGCUAUCAGGAGUCUACCAAACAACUUACCAUGAAAAAGCUACCAUUGGUGGCUUGUUUCCAUUUAAAGAGAUUCGAGCAUUCAACUGGCUACCACAAAAAGAUAUCCACCUUCGUAUCAUUCCCUGAGGAACUGGACAUGACUCCAUUCAUGUCUCUCACUCACAAGAUAUCGACAAUGACGUCGUCGUCAACAUCUGCAUCGUCGUCAUCGCCCAGUAAAUCUCAAUCCAAUGCACAGAAUCUAGAAUAUUCUGGGCUUUCUACCGAAAACAAGUACUCCUUAUACUCAGUGGUGAACCACCGGGGCACGGCUGACUCGGGCCACUACACCUGCUUCAUACGCCAACACAAAGACCACUGGUUCAGGUGCGAAGACAACCUCAUCACCAAGGCAUCUGUCGAUGAUGUACUCAACAGUGAAGGCUACUUACUCUUCUACCAUAAGCAAAUCUUGGAAUAUGAAUAAAUGAAUCAAAGAAAUGAUAAGAAUGAUGAUGCGAAUGAAGGAAUGAAUGCAUCACAGUCGACAUCUACCACUACUGCUACUACUAUUACUGCUGCUACGACCACAACAACCACCAAAGCCAACUACAACGACAGCUAGCACAUACCACAAGACAUCCGGAAGAUUCAUUUCCAACCACCCCAACACGACCAAUAAUUAAUCUGAGUUAGAAAUGUAUAUAUACGGACACCUAGUUACGCAUAUUGCGUGCGUACUACAUUUUUGUGUGAGUAUACGUAUUUGCUUUCAAUCAUACAUUUAUAUACUUGGCUAUACGCAUGUUCACUUAUACAAUGGCUAUAUGUAAAUAUAAGCAUACAUAGCUUCCUAAUUUAGAUUACUAGUGACCGUGUGUUAACUUUAUAAAACUCUUACACUCACAUCACGGACAUCUGACAACUACAGAUACCUAUGAACAUUCAUACCAUAAGAUAUAGCCGUUUAUAUAGAUCGCUGCUCCAUGAUUUUAACACAUGCAGGUUCCUCUAUUUUUAUCGUUGAUAUCUCAUUUCUUAUUGCUGCUUGUGAUUUUAUGUUAUUUGUGGCUCGUCACGCACGCAUUGAUAUGUAAAAAAAAUAUAUACAGCUACAA